ACUUGACACUAAAGGGGUGUAUCUCUUGCAAAUAUCUAGCAACAGAGUUCACAGCUCCAAACAAGAAAAAAAGAAUCCCUUUGGUCUUUUGAUAUUCCUUGGCGUCACAAAUGGACACUACCCCGCUAAAUAAAUAAAUGGAGAAUACUGUGGUGUUUUGUAAAUCUUUCUCCUCCACCUCUCCUAUAAAUACAUCCCAUUUCCCUCUCAACCCUCCCACAACACAAGAGAAACAGACAGCGGAAGCAAACUGAUCGUGCAGCUCCUCUGCUACGCCUCCACACCAGCACAGCCAUGAGGCCCGGAGCAGAGUUCUUCGCCGUGAGCCACCUCGCGGGGGCGCCGACGGCGACGCAGGCGCUGCACUCGGCGUGGCAGUCGCCCGUGCCGUACCUCUUCGGCGGGCUGGCGGCGAUGCUGGGCCUCAUCGCCUUCGCGCUGCUCAUCCUCGCCUGCUCCUACUGGAAGCUCUCCGGGUUCCUCGACGGCGGCUCCGACGGCCAGGCGGCAGGGGACGCCGACGGGGAGAAGGGCUCGGCGUCCGGCGCGUCCAGGCCGGCCCCGGAUUUCCAGGAGCACGUGGUGGUCAUCAUGGCCGGCGACGAGCGGCCCACGUUCCUCGCCAAGCCGGUCACCAGCCGGGCCGCCGAGGCGGAGCUCGCGGCCGCAGCGGCGCCUGAGGCGAGCGCGCGCGACGGAGAAGGCCAGGAGGAGACGGCGGACGAGCAGGUCAGCGAGGCGAGCUCGCACCGCGGCGCCGAGUCGGCGAGCCGAGGCCGUGAUCACCACGAAGACGCGCCGAGCCAGAGCGGCGACCAUGACCACGACGCGGCGAGCGGGAGCCACCACCACCAUGACCGUGGCCUCGAGAGCAGCGGCACGACGGCCCUGCGAGAAAGCCGGCAAUAAAAGCGGCCGGCUUUUGCUCGUCCCAGCUUACCCUUUUUCCCGGGCAGCGUUUCCUCUCUCCCCACCCCCAUCAUCUUCCUCCCCCCGUCCCGGUGCUGCUAGUGCUAGAUUUAGGCUGGAGCGUGUAGUAGAUUCAUGGCGUGAUUGGUUGAGCACAAAAUCAAUGGAGAUGUAUAUGAGAAACUUGAGAGUUUUGGCAAUCGAAAGCCGCUUUGCCCCCUGAA